AUGGGUAUUCGUAUGCCUCGGAUCAUUCAAGCAAAACAACAUUUCCAACCGUCCUUGUCAAAUGGAACCCGCACAGCAACAAUGGAUCUACCCAAAGGGUAUUUGGCAGUCUAUGUUGGAGAGCAAGAAAAGAAGCGCUUUGUGAUUCCUGUGUCCUUCUUAAGCCAACCUUCAUUUCAAGACUUAUUAUGUCAGGCUGAAGAAGAGUUUGGUUAUGACCAUCCAAUGGGUGGCCUCACAAUCCGGUGUAACAGUAUAAAGAUGAAAAAGCACUUCGAGGAAUAA